GGCACCGGGGGCGGGGCCUGGAGGGGCGGGGCCGGGGGCGGGCGGGGCCCGCGCAGCUCCAGGGCUCGCAGCGACGCGGAGCCGGACGCCGGGGCCGGCGGCUGCCGCGAGGAGGCGGCCAGGAUGGGGGAUGCCACUAGCACCAAGCUGGGCCAGCAGUGAGGCAGGGGGGGUACGGGGGAAGAGGAUGGAGGGGGGGGGGCGAAUGUGAAGGCAGCCCCCCCCUCCCAAAAUAUUCCGCGCCCCAUCAGGCCAUCACCAUGGCGACAAAUUUUAACGACAUCAUCAAGCAAGGCUAUGUGAGGAUGAAGAGCAAGAAGCUGGGGAUCUACCGGCGGUGCUGGCUGGUCUUCCGGAAAUCCUCCAGCAAAGGGCCCCAGCGCCUGGAGAAGUAUCCAGAUGAGAAGUCGGCAUGCCUGCGUGGGUGCCCCAAGGUGACCGAGAUCAGCAACGUCAAAUGCAUCACGCGGCUGCCCAAGGAGACCAAGAGGCAGGCUGUGGCCAUCGUCUUCACCGAUGACUCGGCCCGAACCUUCACCUGCGAUUCGGAGCUGGAGGCGGAGGAGUGGUACAAGACGCUGUCGGUGGAGUGCCUGGGGGCCCGCCUGAACGACAUCAGCCUGGGGGAGCCCGACCUGCUGGCGCCCGGCGUGCAGUGCGAGCAGACGGACCGGUUCAACGUGUUCCUCCUCCCCUGCCCCAACCUGGACGUUUACGGCGAGUGCAAGCUGCAGAUCACCCACGAAAACAUCUACCUCUGGGACACGCACAACCCCCGGGUGAAGCUGGUCUCCUGGCCCCUUUGCUCCCUGCGUCGCUACGGGCGCGAUGCCACCCGCUUCACAUUUGAGGCCGGACGGAUGUGUGAUGCAGGGGAAGGUCUCUACACCUUCCAGACGCAGGAGGGUGAGCAGAUCUACCAGCGCGUGCACAAUGCCACGUUGGCCAUUGCCGAGCAGCACAAGAGGGUCCUGCUGGAAAUGGAGAAGAAUGUCAGGCUGCUGAACAAGGGCACCGAGCACUUCUCCUACCCCUGCACCCCCACCACCAUGCUGCCCCGCAGCGCCUACUGGCACCACAUCACCGGCUCCCAGAACAUGGCCGAGUCAUCCAGUUAUGCUGGGGAGGCAUACGCGGGCGCCCAGGCUGGCUCGGACACCGACCUCCUCAACAGGUUCAUCUUGCUGAAGCCAAAGUCCUCCAAAUGCGACAAGCCUGAGAGCAGGGAGCCCACAUCGUCCCCGUGAGCUGGCAAUGGGGGACACCGCGGCGGGGGUCCCCUUUUUCUUCCCCAAGGGGUGGUAAGGACGCAGGCAGCCACCCCUCCAAGUCCACAGGGCGACCAAGCUGGGGCACCCGCUGUGCCAGGACCUUGGAGGAGCAGGCGCUGGCUCGUGCCCUGGCCUGGCGCUAGUGGAGGUGACGACUGGCUCAGCCUCGACUGACUUGAAAUAUGUAUUGAAUAGCUGUAUUGUAAGAGAUUUUUUCUUCUCACAUGAAUGCAAACUUCACGGCUGCUGAAGAGCCCUCAGGCAGAGAUGCUCAGAGGUUUUUGACUCUUUGGGAUCCAGCUGGGAGGUGAAGGGGGUGGGGGGCAAGAAAGUCAGUGUGUUUUCUGCAAGGUGGGAAGGCUGGAGCACCACCCAACCGCAGGGAUGGAGCAGCGCUGGGGGAUGCGACCAUGCCAGGCUGAUGGCGCAGGGUCCCAGCAUCCUCCCCUGCCCCGUGAAGAGUGGGGAUGCCCUGCCACCCCUGAGCUGAUUUUUGCACUUCUCAAAGCUAUUUAAACACUCGCUGUAGAAUUGAGAUGUCUCAGGAGAAACUGGUUUUCCUUCCAGGGGGGUCAGCUGGGGUGAGCAGCUGGGCAGAGCCGAGCUCCCCAGCUUUUUGGGGCUGCCUCUACCCCAGCACCCCUCACUCCUCUACCCACAGCUGCUCCCCCCGGCCACACCCCUGGUUUAUCUGCUGAUGGGCAACCUAGGGACCAGUUUUGGCCAGUAGCAUCUGUCCCUGGAGGGACAGCUUUGUGGAUAUAAGAAGUCCCUGGGCAGAGCAGCCCACACUGCUGGGGGAAGAGCCGCGUUUCUCUGCAUUUCCAUUGUCCUCGCUCCCUCCUCACCUGCUGGUGCAGCCGGUUGAAAGCCCUCACCCAGGGAGGAGCUGGGCUUCAUGUGCUGAACUCAAAAGCAAUUGAUUUUUUUCUAGUUCUCCUAUUCAUUGACCUCCUUUAGAAGGGCUAUCUUUUUAUUGCUGUGCAAACAUUGGUGUUUCUUUGGAGUCCUCUUUCGGUCUGGGUUGGGUGGUCAGUGGGGUUUUUUUCUGCCCUUAGAGCUCCAGGUCCAUGCUUUGGGGACAGGGAGUGUUGUGAUGUGGGAACCUGUGUUCUGUAAAUACUGUGUCUUGGGUUGGUGUAGCUUGUGGCUGAGGGGACGAGGGGACAGCAUGCUGCUCCCUGCAGCACAGCAGGGCAUGGAGGGGCUCAUCAGCACCCCAGCACUGCCCAGUAGCACGUCCUCCCCCAGGCGAGAGGUGUAAUUCGCUCUCUUUUCCUGACUACACAACUCAUCUGGAAAAGAUUUAACAUUUAUUACCAAAAAUGUUUGGGUUUUCUUUUUUUUAAGGAGUUGCUCAAUGAAUAAACAACCUUAUCCACC